GUGUCCAGUGGGUUGUCAUUCCUCUUGUCUCCUGCUCUCUUUGUUUACUUUGAGCCACAUUUCAUGCGUCUGGAUUCCCGUUUUUAGUUGUGAGCCCUAAAUUACGUUUCGGAACACGUAAUUUCACAACGAAGCCUUCCGCAAAAUGAAAGAAAAUGAAGAUGUUGACGGAAAGACACUGGAAAACAAUAGGCGCAGUCUCCGCAGGACUUCAUCGAGGAUUUCUAUUACCAGCGCUGCAGAAAACUCUCCUCAAAUCCUGCUGAGAAACAACUCCAAGAAACCUCCACUUCAGAGAGGCAGCUCCUUCACCUUUCUAACGCCCGGGACUCCGUGGGAUUUCAGUCUAAAAAGAAAACGCAAAGAAAAAGAUGACGACACAGUGAGUCUGUCCAGCUUCGACCUCAAGGAACCAAAUAACAAGCGUGUGAGACCGCUGGCCAAAGUUUCAUCCCUCGUCAACCUGAUAUCUCCUUCAAAGAGUGGAGCAGUGCGGCGGUUCGGUCAGACCAUCCAGUCGAUGUCAUUACGAGGCGAUAACAAGUCCCCUGGAACAAUUCUCAAAACUGGCAGCAAGGCUCCAGGUCCGACUCCCACUAAACGCAGGAACAGCACGCUGUGGUCUGAGACGCUGGACGUCCAUCAGAAGAGCACCUUCUCCACUAAAGAGAUCAAGAGACAAGAGGCAAUUUAUGAACUUUUCAGAGGAGAGCAGGACCUCAUUGAGGAUCUUCAACUUGCACGAAAGGCAUACCACGACCCCAUGCUCAAGCUCUCCAUCAUGACCGAGGAGGAACUGGCUCACAUCUUCGGGGACCUGGACGCAUACAUCCCCCUCCAUGAGGAGUUAAUGAUGAAGCUGACGGAGGGAACUGGUCCUGAUGGAACGGUGGCUCAGAUCGGACAGAUCGUCAUCGACUGGCUGCCUGGUCUGAACGCCUACAAAAACUACUGCAGCAACCAGCUUGCAGCCAAAGCCCUGCUGGAUCAGAAGAAGCAGGAUAAACGGGUCCAGGACUUCCUGCAGCGAUGUCUGGAGUCCCCCUUCAGCAGGAAGUUGGACCUCUGGAGCUUCCUGGACAUCCCGCGUUCCCGCCUGGUGAAAUACCCUCUGCUGCUGCGAGAGAUCCUCAGACACACUCCUCCCGAUCACCCCGACGUGGCCAGUCUGGAGAGAGCUAUCCUUAUAAUCCAGGACAUUCUGUCUGAUAUCAACCUGAGAAAAGGGGAGUCUGAGUGCCAGUAUUACAUCGACAAACUGGAGUUUCUGGAUGAUAAGCAGCGGGACCCUCUUAUCGAUAACUGCAAGGCGCUACUAUGUCACGGCGAGCUGCGGACCAAGAGCGGUUCGAGGCUGCAUGUGUUCCUCUUCUCUGAGCUGCUGGUGCUGACGCGACCGGUGACGCGCAACGACAGGAGCUGCUUCCAGGUGUAUCGACAGCCCAUCCCCGUGUCUGACCUGGCGCUGGAGGACCUACAGGAUGGAGAGGUCCGCUUGGGGGGAUCCUUCAGGGGGGCUUUCACCAACGGAGAGAAAGCAAAGAACGUUUUCCGUGUGAGCUCCGUGGAUCCGUCCCACGGCCAGUCCCACACGCUGCACGUCAGCGACGUCUACCACAAGCAGCAGUGGCUCAACUGUCUCCGCACAGCCAUGUCCCAACAGCAGGGGGCUCCAGCCAUGUGUCACCCGGAGACGUCCGUCAGGGCCAAAUGCCGCUCCCCCGCUUCCAUCCGCGAUGAGAAGGCAGACGAGAACUCUCAACCCGCCGCCCGCCCCAAACUCAGGCCUCAGAAACUCUCCAAGACCAGACUGGACCAGAAGUCACAAGGAUCGCAAAGGAGGAAGGAAACUGGAGUCUAAAUGUGUAAUCAGAGUUUUCUCUGAGACAGACACAUCCUCAGUAUCAGUUCUUUUUUCUUCACUUAUGUCUUUCACUCCCAUCAUGUUCUGUUUUCUUUCUUUUUCUUUAGCUGCACUGAAAACCUUUUAAUUUCCGUCCAAAAAGGAAUCAAGUUUUCAUCUUUUAAAUGUGAUAUUAGUUUACAAAUGUGAUCGAGUGCCAUUUGACUGUAUGUGUACAACAGCUAAAACAUGUAUUUUAUUUUCUCUUGUUUUGUAUUUUAAAACAUUUGUAGCUCUUACGUGUCCUUUUAUGGUUAUUGUUGUUUUAUAAGUUUUUUCAGUUACGUGUGGAGCUGUCCGUUGUGUUAUCAGUGCAAAGAUAAGGGAACAUUAAAGAGAAGAUAUUGCAACAUCUUAGCUGUUCAUGUGAAAUUCAAGUGUUGCAAAACCCCAGAAAUGUGUGAGAUCUGGCAUCAAAUUACAAUAAAUGUAUCCGGUGGAUGUCUGUCACUUGGGGGGGGAGAGAAGUAAAAUAUGUGA